CAACCCAAGCCACUCUUAUAAAUUUGCCGUCAAAUACCUCAUUUUCCCAUACUUUCUCUCUAUCUUUUUCUCCAAGAAAACGCUUGCCCAGAUUCCCAGAAAUUAAUUUCUCAUCCCCACAAUGAAGAAAUCUGGUCUCUUUGCUGCCUCAGUUGCCGCAGUUUCUGCUUCAGCUAUGUCUGCUUCUUCCACAAACUUCGUUUGCAAUUCCAAUUUACAAGUUUCUCAUGAGGAUGUUUCAUUGAAGAAAGAUCAUGAUAAUUCAUCGAUGCAAAGGUCAUCAUCAACUGAAAAAUUUGCUCCAAGGUUUGAUGGCUUGAGGUUCAUUGAAACUCUGGUCACUGCUCACAGAUAAACAAGAUUUUUUUUUUUUUAUAUUUGUUCUUCCAGUUUUUUAAUGAGAACAAAGAAAGAGAAAGAACUGUAACUCUACAGGUUCUGUAAUAGUAGUUUUACCCUAUAUUGCCCCUGU